AUGAAGAAGACGGCGUGUGGAGAUGGUCAGUCUCGUUGUCUGCUGUGUGGAGAGACGUUUGGACAGCAGGGAGUCACCUCUGUACUCUGUUCCCACUGCAAGAAGGUAACAAACACACCUACCUACAGAGACUACUACAACACAUUGACUGGACCCGCAGGGGUAAACUACUGUAUCUCCUGUAUCUCCUGUAUCUCCUGUAACUCCUGUAACUCCUGUAUCUCCUGUAACUCCUUUAUCUCCUGUAACUCCUAUAACUCCUGUAACUCCUGUAACUCCUGUAUCUCCUGUAACUCCUUUAUCUCCUGUAACUCCUAUAACUCCUGUAACUCCUGUAUCUCCUGUAACUCCUGUAUCUCCUGUAACUCCUGUAACUCCUGUAUCUCCUGUAUCUCCUGUAACUUCUUUAUCUCCUGUAACUCCUAUAACUCCUGUAACUCCUAUAACUCCUGUAACUCCUGUAACUCCUUUAUCUCCUGUAUCUCCUGUAACUCCUGUAACUCCUGUAACUCCUGUAUCUCCUCUCCUAUGUUGAAGCGUUCUGGAGCAUGGUUCUUUAAGGGCCAACCCCAGCAAGUCCUCCCUGCUCCCCUGCCCAUCUCCAGGCCCAGAGGGACAGGUACAGAGAGCCCCCGUACCCAGACCCCUACCCAUGCCCAUCACCAGCCCAGUGCCCAGUCCAGCUACCAGCCAAACCCUGGUGCAGAGGACUACACAGAGCGGCAGGAGCAGCAGGAUAACUACUACUCCAACAUACAAAACCAAGAGCCCACUGAUGAGCCCCCGUACUCCAGUUCAGAGCAACAGGACCCAGAGGGCAAUAGCUCUGCUCAGACACUAGAGGGUGUUGCUGAGGCCCAGGUUAGCCCUGCCGUGGUGGAGGAGGUGGUGAAGAUGGAAAGACAGUUAGGCUCCAGACCUCCCACAGCCAGAGGAAGAGAGAACCCACCAGCUCCAGCUGACACAGUCACAGCACAGGCCCCUGCACCACAGAAGAGCAGAUACCCACAGCAGAGAGAGGAGAGAGCGCCACCUCUAGUCAGGGAGGAGAAACCCACUCCUGCCCCCAAACCCAGCAUGGCACCACGCACAGGCCCCGCUCCCAACGAAGACAAUGACAACGAAUACGACUCUGAUGAAUCCACCACGCUGGGGUUGCUGGAGUUCAUUCUGCAUUAUGAACAGGGGAACAACACGCUGCACUGCAACAUAGUCAAAGCCAAGGGUUUAAAGCCGAUGGACUCUAACGGACUAGCAGACCCCUACGUCAAGCUGCACCUCUUACCUGGAGCCAGUAAGUCUAACAAGCUGCGUACUAAGACCCUGAAGGGCACUCUGAACCCAGUGUGGAAUGAGACUCUGGUGUACCAUGGUAUCACUGAUGACGACAUGCAGCGCAAAACACUACGGCUGUCGGUGAGUGAUAUGGACAAGUUUGGACACAAUGAGUUCAUAGGAGAGACGCGUGUUGCUCUGAAGAAACUCAAAGCCAACCAGAUGAAGAACUACAGCGUCUGUCUAGAGAGGGUGGUCCAGGUGAAGAAGUUAGGCACAGGAGGCUCAGCCCGGGGCAUGGCUCUCUACGAGGAGGAGGUAAAGGAGGAUGAAGCAGAGGAGAGGGGUCGUAUCCUGGUCUCUUUAACCUACAGCACCCAGAAGGGUCGUCUGAUAGUGGGAGUGGUGCGCUGUGCUCACCUGGCAGCUAUGGACUCUAAUGGAUACUCAGACCCCUUCGUCAAGAUCUGCCUGAAACCAGACAUGGGGAAGAAAGCCAAGAACAAGACCCAGAUCAAGAAGAAGACCCUCAACCCAGAGUUCAAUGAGGAGUUCAGCUAUGAGAUCAAACAUGGUGAGCUGGCCAAGAAGAGCCUGGACAUCUCAGUCUGGGACUAUGACAUGGGAACCUCCAACGAUUUCAUUGGAGGAUGCCAGCUGGGCAUCACAGCCAAGGGGGAGUGUCUGAAGCACUGGUAUGAAUGUCUCAAGAACAAAGACAAGAAGAUCGAGCGCUGGCACGUCCUCCUAAAUGACAACACCGUCAAAGACACGGACGACUGA